AUGGAAGAUUCAAUUUUUUUACGUUCAAAGCAAAUUGCUAAUUCUAGUCCAUUGAAAAAGUCCUUGAAUACUGAACUCGAACAAGAAAAACCAACUAUUGUUACUAAAUUACCAUCCAUCAUACGCAUAAAUGAAGGAGAAGAUCUUGAUGUCAGCUGUUCGAUCACAGGCAAUCCUGAACCGGUGAUACAUUGGACUAAAGAUAAUGUCGAUAUUCGAGAAGACCAUCGUGUUGAUAUAUAUUCCGAUCGUGGGGUACAUCAUUUAGAAAUUAGUGAAAUUUUAAUGGCUGAUCAAGGUCUUUAUAAAAUUUAUGCAGAAAAUUCAUUAGGCAAAAUAGAUGCAGAAUGUCGAAUUGAAGUCAUUGAAAAUACCGAUAAAAUUAAACGGUUAAGAGUUGAAGGUCUACUUGCUUAUGGUGCACGUCAACCAACAUAUAAAGCACCCGAAUUUCUUAUAAAACCAUCAAAUCGUACAGUUCAUGAAGGUGAACAAUUUCAAAUAUUUGCUAAAGUGAUCGGUAAUCCUGCUCCACAAGUUGUCUGGAUUCGUUUGGGUAAACCAUUAGAAGAUGAUGGUUAUCAUCAAAUAUAUGAUCGUAAUGGUGAAAAUUACUUUGAAAUACCAAAAAUAUCUAUUUUGGAUGCUGGAGAAUAUUCGUGCAUUGCUACAAAUAUGAUGGGAGCUGUUUAUAGUACAUUUACCGUAUGCGUUGAAGCAAUGACUGAACCAGAAUCAACUAGUUCCGAAAUGGAAGAACGUUCGGCUAAUGUGUCUGAUAUUGAUACAAAUGCUAUUGAAGAUUUUCCCCAAUCGAUUGCCACACAACUUAUUGAUAAGCAUGUUCAACAACAUCGUCAGUCAAAACUAUCUGAUCAAUCUGAUAUAGAAUAUUUCUUAUCAAACUUUAUCUUAAAAGAUGAUUUUCGUGAUGAAGCUCGAGAUGUAUCUAUGAAUAAAGGUGAUAUUGUUGAAAUAGUUGAUAUUGAUAAGAAAGAUAAAUGGCUCGUUAGAAACAAGAAGAAUUUAAAUCAGAUUUGUUAUGUGCCGCCUGAUUAUCUCGAAAUGAUUCCAGAUACAGAUAUUAGCCUGAUCAACAAUGAUUCAACUAAUAUCGAUAGCAAUCAACAAAUUGUUUCAAGCAAGCGAACAUUUACGAAAAAGUCCGGUGCAGUGACUAGCAAUAUCGACAAACGAUAUAAUCCAAUUAAUCAAGAAGAACAAGAUUCAUCGUCAAGUAGUGAUGAUUUAAAAACAAUGACUGAGGAAGCUGAAGUAUUUUUUGCUAAUUCUGAUUAUGUCCCAACACGUCCCGAUGGGAUUGCACUUGCUGAAAAUCAACUUGUCGAUGUGCUCGAUUCACAUGAUCCCGUACAAUAUCUUGUUCGCACUCGACCACGUAAAGAUGAACGACCGAAAAUUGGUUGGGUUGAUGCAUGUUUUCUUGAAAAGAAGUCAACCAAUAUAGGACAGGUUCGUAAAUUAAUUGUCUCAUUCUAUUUUUCUAUUACUCACUCAUAUCACUACUGCCAUGGUUACUGUUGGUAUUAUUGUUGCUGUUGUUGUCGAUGCUGCUAUUAUACCCAUAUUCUUUCUAUGCGUUAA